GCUGGUAGCCAACUUCAGUGUGCCAGAGGCAGGAGUCGCUGCUGCCGCCACAAUGGCACCUAGUGUAACCUACGUUCUACUUUAUUUAUUUACUCAGUCGUCUGUAGUUCUAAGUGAAGUUCUGACGCCUCCAUACUUUAAUUUGGCGGAAAAUCGACGCAUCACUGCCACGGCUACUUGCGGCGAGGCCGUGCCUCAGGAGGAACUCUACUGUAAAUUGAUCGGUGCGAACGUCAAUCGAGAUGUGAAGUACAAUCUCAUCCAGGGACAGGUGUGCGACGUUUGUGAUCCCAGCAAUCCGAGCAAAUGGCACCCGCCGGAGUACGCGAUCGACGGCUCGGAGAGAUGGUGGCAGUCGCCUCCUCUGUCACGAGGCAUGCAGUACAACCAAGUCAACCUCACCGUCGACUUGGGCCAGCUGUUCCAAGUUGCGUACGUCCUCAUCAAGAUGGGCAACUCGCCGCGCCCCGGCGUCUGGGUGCUCGAGCGAUCAGUGGACAACGGCGCGACCUACUCACCCUGGCAGUACUUCGCUGACAGUCCCAAUGACUGCGAGAAAUUCUUCGGAGCGGAGUCGCUGCGGCCCAUCGUCAAGGACGACGACGUGACGUGCACCACGCAGUUCUCCAAGGUCGUGCCUCUCGAGGGGGGAGAGAUCGUGGUGUCGCUGCUGAACGAGCGUCCCUCAGCCAAGAACUUCUUCAACUCUACGGUGCUGCAGGAGUUCACCAGAGCCACCAACGUGCGUCUGCGGCUGCUGCGCACCAAAACUCUUCUCGGCCACCUCAUGUCCGUAGCUAGGCAGGACCCAACCGUCACCAGGCGGUACUUCUACUCAGUAAAAGACAUCAGCAUCGGAGGACGCUGUGUGUGCAACGGGCACGCAGGUGUAUGCGACAUCGCUGACCCCAAUGACCCGUACAAGUUGCAGUGUAGAUGUCAGCACAACACUUGUGGUGCUCAGUGCGAGACUUGCUGUCCUGGCUACAUACAGAAGAAGUGGAGGCCCUCCAGCUACACCGAUGCCUUUGUUUGUGAACCGUGCAAUUGUCACGGGCACAGCGAAGAAUGUAUCUUCGACGAAGACGUGAACAUCAACAACAAAUCCCUGGACAUCCACGGCAACUACGAAGGGGGCGGCGUAUGCCAGCGCUGCAGGGACAACACGGAGGGCAUCAACUGCGAGAAAUGCGUCGCCAGGUUCUAUAGGCCGCGCGGCAAACGUGAGAGCGACAUAGACGCGUGCCAGCCAUGCCAGUGCUAUGAUGCUGCUCAUACCGGCAACUGUGAGGACGGUACUGGGCGUUGCGAGUGCAGGAUUGAGUUCAUGCCUCCGUAUUGUGACCAGUGCAAUUUUGGAUACUAUGACUACCCGCUGUGUAAGCCGUGCGACUGCUUCAGGAAUGGGACCCGAGGAGGUAUUUGUGAGGUGGGCGGAGGCCAGUGCCCUUGUGAGGAGAAUUACAAAGGACUUAAUUGUGAUCAGUGUCGUAACACUUACUAUGGCUUCCCUGAGUGUAAAGCUUGUAACUGCAGCAGCAUCGGUUCCACUAGCCCCAUCUGCGAUACAGUCACGGGCCAGUGUAACUGUGUUAAUAACUUCGGAGGACAAACGUGCGACCAGUGCGAGCACGGCUACUUCAAUCACCCUCAGUGCGAAUUUUGCAAAUGCGACUCUAGUGGCACAACUGAGGAGAUCUGCGACAAGGAGACGGGCCGAUGUCUGUGCAAGGAAGGAUACAGUGGCACACGCUGCGACAACAGUGCCCCAGGAUUCUGGGGGUAUCCUUUGAUCCGCUCCUGCGACUGCCACUCCGUUGGGGCGGUCGACAAGAUCUGCGAUGUGGAUGGCUACUGCCGCUGCUUCCCGGGAUACUCGGGACCAAAAUGUGACCAAUGCCGAGCUGGCUUCUACAACUUCCCUGUCUGCGAUCCCUGCAAAUGUGACAGGUCUGGCAGCAACGGUGACUCGUGCAACGAGCAAGGCAACUGCUACUGCAAACACAACUUCGCGGGCCAGCAGUGCCAGCAGUGUCAGGAGGGAUACUACAUCUUCCCGCGCUGUGAAGAAUGCAACUGCAAUCCUGCCGGAGUGAUCGAGAGCUUCGGUGGCUGCGGCAACGCUCCUGAAGGCUCGCUGUGCGUCUGCAAACCGCGUGUCCGCGGCCGCAUCUGCGACGUGUGCGAGCCUCUCUACUGGAACCUGCAGCCCUACAACCCCGACGGCUGUGAGGAGUGCGCGUGUAACCCCGCGGGGACGGUCGGAGGUCUCGCCGUCUGCAGCUCUGAGGACGGACAAUGUGUGUGUAAACCUAGGGUGACACAACGACGCUGUGAUGCCUGCAAGGAUGGCUCCUUUAACUUGAUGGAGGAUAACCUCUUCGGGUGUCUGGACUGCGGGUGUAACUUAGGCGGCUCGCUUCAUCCGGUUUGUGAUAAGAUGAACGGAAACUGCCAGUGUCGCCCUCGUGUCAUGGGCCAGAGAUGCGACAAGCCCAUAGAUUUGCAUUACUUCCCUAGCUUCCAUCACCUGAAAUACGAAGCAGAGGAUGGCCGAACUGCUCACACCGAGGCCGUUAGGUUCGGCUACGAUGAGUCGCAGUUUCCCGGUUACUCGUGGCGAGGCUACGCGAUUUUCUCAGAGCUGCAGCUGGAGACGAUCUACGAUCUGGUGAUCGAGCGGCCGUCGCUGUACCGCCUGAUCCUGGCCUACCGCAACCCCCACGACUACCCCUUGCAGGGCAAGGUCGUCACCACGCCCGUCAGCUCCACGUCUUCUCAGCAGGACUACUUCGUGCUGCUGCCCUCCGCGUACUACGAAGCCACGAUCCUGACGCAGAACAUCACGACCCCUUGCCUCCUCUCCUCCAGCGACGAGCUCUGCGUCCACUACGGCUACCCUGACGUACAGCAUCGCUUCCCCUACGCCUGGGGCUCCUCCGCCUACACCGUCGAGGACUGGGACGGCAGACAUGAGGUCGUCACCACCUACGAUGACGAAGAGGCGAUUGGCAAGCUGAAGAGCGUGCCGAUGGCGUGGCUCACGGAGGAGCAGUCGGAGAUUCACUUCAGCUUCCGCGUCCUGAAGAAAGGACCUCACAUCGUCCUGCUCAACUACUUCACUCCCAGCGGCAACUCCAAGACGGUGUCGGUGGCGGUGGAGGCGGUCUCAGGGGGCGCUCAGGGGGCGCAGUCUGGGCGCGCUAUUCUGUACGACUGCGCGUACUCGUGGGUGUGUCGGCAGGUCGUGAUGGACUUCUCAGGGCAGGUGCUGCAGGUCAUGCUCGACCACACCACCAUCACCAUCGUCAUCAAAGUUGAGUUCGAGGCAAACCUCUCUGGCAAGACGGCCAAGUGGCAGCCGUCAUACCUGGACAACACGACGACCGUGGUCUACUUGAACGGCUCUGAUCCCAUGGUGGACGUGGCCGGCAAACUCAGGGCGGCUGGCGACUACGUCUUCCUAGUGCAUUACUACCAGCCUAACCUGCCUGGAUUCACCGCGCAAGUUCUCGUUCAGAACGGCAAGUUCUACGAAGGGACGCUGGAGCUCGAGCACUGCCCCAGCGAGGCAGGGUGCCGUGCAGUGGUCACCCACUCAGGCAGUGACACCGUCUUCAGUAUCCUCGAGAACUUCGUCUUCACGCUCAAGGUUCCGUCACACCGCGAGGUGUGGGCAGACUACGCGCUGGUGGUGCCGGCCACUCAGUACUCCAGCGACCUGCUGCACAGCCUCCCACGGGACAACACGGCCGAGUUCAUCGAGAAGUGUGGCAAAGACAACUUCCAGCUCCGCGAAAACAUAACAGGAUUUUGCCGCGACGCGACGUUUGCCCUGACGGUGGAGUUCUACGGAGGGGCGCUGUACUGCGACUGCGACUACUACGGCUCGUACACCAUCGAGUGCGAGGAGUUCGGGGGCGCCUGCCCCUGCCGUCCUAACGUCAUAGGGCGGCGCUGUGACCGCUGCAAGACAGGAUACUUCGGCUUCCCCAACUGCCAGCCCUGCGACUGUCCCUCCACCGCCCUCUGCAAUGCCAGGAAUGGCGACUGCAUCUGCCCACCGCUGGUGAUGGGGGAGCGAUGUGACCAGUGUGUGGCCAACACCUACGGCUUCGACUCCAUCAUCGGGUGUGAGGAGUGUCAGUGCAGCCCCGCGGGGGUGCGGGGAGGCAACCUGCAGUGCGACCUGGUCACCGGCCAGUGUGACUGUCUCAAUAACGUCGUGGGGCGGAGAUGCGACAAGUGUCGCGCCGGUUACUGGACCUACCCGCGCUGCCAGAGCUGCGACUGCGACAUCAGGGGCACUGAGAGCGAUAUAUGCGACCAGACGGACGCGCGGUGCUACUGCAAGAGUAACGUGGAGGGCCGGACCUGUGACUCGUGCGUGCUGGGCUCCUACAACCUGCAGGAGAGCGACCCUGACGGCUGCACCCGCUGCUUCUGCUUCGGCAAGUCUUCCACCUGCUCCCCCUCCAAGUUCUUCUGGGAUAAGCUGUACCAGAUGACAGGCUGGUCAGCAGUUCAGCUGGACCUGUCAGGGUCAGCUCUGUCAGCGUCUCCAGAGUAUCAGGAGCUGGAUCAGCUAGCACGCAUGGUGCGUCUCAACACCUCAGGUCUGCUGGCUCCUCGUCGGGAGAACGCCGUGUACUUCGCUGCCCCCAGCAGGUUCCUAGGCAACAGGGUCACCUCCUACGGCGGUCUCUUCACCUACUCCAUCCUGCACUUCCCUGACUCGGACGCACAAGCCACGAGCGUGAGCCCCGACGAGGCCGCUGUGCUGGGGGACGUGGUGCUGCAGGGGAACAACCUGACGGCGCUCUACUACGAGACCUCCUUCGUCCCCAGCGGCGUCAGGACAUCCGUCGCCUUCUCCCUCAACGAGAGGAACUUCCGCUCUUCUUCUGGUUCCCAGAUCACGCGCGACCAGUUCAUGAUGUUGCUACACAAGCUCACCGGCGUCUACAUCAGAGCGCAUUAUCACGAGUCCGACGUCGAGACAAGACUAUCGGACGUGACGAUGGACAUCGCGACCACCAUAUACUACCAGGGCGCCGAGCCCGCCUACUCCGUGGAGAAGUGCCUCUGUCCUCCCAACUAUCAGGGAACGUCUUGUGAAGAAUGCGCUCCAGGAUACUACAGAGCUCAGACUGGCCCCUUCGGCGGCUUCUGUGUUCAGUGUCAGUGUAACAGACACACUGACACGUGCGACCCUGUCACUGGCGUGUGUCUCAACUGCCAGCACAACACAGUGGGCGACCACUGCGAGCUGUGCGGCCGCGGCUACCACGGCGACGCUACUGGCCAGACUCCCAACGACUGCCUGCUCUGCGCCUGCCCUAUUCCGGCUCUGUCCAACAAUUUCGCGGACAGUUGCAUCGUGGAGGUCGGCCGGCCCCCGACCUGCUCCUGUCAGCCUGGCUACGUCGGCCAGCAGUGCCAGCAGUGCGCGCCAGGACACUACGGCAACCCGCGUGCUAUUGGAAGCUUCUGUCAAGAGUGUCGCUGUAACGGCAACAUUGACCCUGAGGACCCGUACGCCUGCGACGACAUCACCGGCCGCUGCCUGCGCUGCCUCAACCACACGGCGGGCGACGCUUGCGAGGUGUGCGAGAACAGCUACUACGGCGACGCCAUCGGCAGGAAGGACUGCAGACCGUGUGAGUGCAACCUGUGCGGGACGCGGACGUGCGACCAUCGCACGGGCGUGUGCGGUUGCCACGGCAACGUGGUGGGCGAGCAGUGCGACGAGUGCGCCCCUGACCACUGGGGCCUCGACUCCUGCCAGGGUUGUCAGCCAUGUCAGUGCGGGGUGGCUGCUGUCAGCAGUCAGUGCGACCUGCUGACAGGAGACUGUCUGUGUCAGCCAGGAGCGUCAGGACGUUACUGUGACCGCUGUCAGCCAGGAUUCUGGAAUUUAACUCCACGAGGCUGCCAAGAUUUACUAAAGAUUACAAACUUCUUCAGAAUGUGGGUGCUGGUGGAUGGCGUGGGGUGCCGUGAGUGUCCCUACUGCAUCCACACGCUGCUGGACACCGCCGGCGAGCUCGAGGCCAUGAUCAUGCCAACCAUCAACGAGUUCGAGAGCGCGGCGCACAGCUUCUUCCUGAACCAACGUCUGAACGUCAUCAACGAGAGCGCCAUCGAGCUGCGGCCUCUGGUUGAUGACAUCAACUUAUCCUCCGACGACAUUAAACCUGUCGCCGACGCUAUAGACGGGCUUGGGGCCCAGGCUCUCGUUAAUAAUGUGAAACUGGCUCUGGAAAACGCCAAGAAGAGUGUGGAUGAAGGGGGAAUGCUGAAGGCAGAGGCCCAGAAAGUGCACGAUCUUGUCAAAAACGCGCACGUUUUGGGGCAAAAUGUCGUCGCUGAAAUCAAUGCCCUCGUUAUCGGACUGGAGAUUGGCACUGGGGCUCAGUUGGAGCAAGCGCUACGCGAAGGCCAGUUGAUCGUAACGCAGAUCGAGAGCAUCAACCUGGAGCAUCCGCUGGACGUGGCUGACGAGGAACGCCAGAUGUCCCUGGAGGAGCUCGCCAACGUUACUCUGCUGUCCCAACCAAUAGUGGAUUUGCAGGACUUGGUGAAAGCGAAGGCCGAGCUGCUGCAGGACCUGACGGACCGCGUGAGCGACAUAGAGGACCACAUCGCCUCAUCUCACGAGAGGACGGAGGCUGCGGGCACCAUGAACACCAACAACAGGGAGUAUGGCCUAGCGUCACUGAACACGAAGCUCGGGCAGACGAAGGGCACCGACAAAGAGGUCAAGAAAGCAGUGGAAGAGGGACAAAGUCUCGUCGACGAAGCCGAAGAAAAUCUUAAAAACAUUACAAGAACCUUCAGAGAUUUCAAUGCAGAACUUGGCGAGACGCGCACGCAGAAGACCCUCCUGCAGGCGGCCGUGCAGACGCUGGCCAGCCAACUCGAGGACAGCGAGUUCCCUGCGCAGGUCGCCGCCGAGCACACCACGCAACUCCUGCAGCGAGCUGACCAAUUGGACGACCUGCUCUCGGACACACGGCAAGUGUCACAGAACGCUCUGGAGGCUGCGAACGCCUACCUCAACAUCGUGAACGCCAUCGGCGACGCCCGCAGAGUGGCAGAGCAAGCUGAGAACGCCAGCACCACUGCAGUUGAACUGUCGAACGGUGUGCGGGAUAAUGCCCUUGAAACUUUCAACAAAUCUGAAACAAUCAAGCAAGAAGCUGAGAUGCAAGUUAAUCAAGUGGAGGCUGAGCUCAAACCUCAGCUUCAAGAGUCCAUAGAACUCGUGCAGGAAGUCAAAGACGUGAACCAACACGUCAGCGACGCGCUCGAUGACAUCAAUAGAGGCCUGCAGCAGCUGGAGACUGAGAGCGAUCAGUUGAACACCGUGACGGAGACUCGCAAGGCAGAGGAGGCUCGUCUCAAGAGCGACCAGGCGCUCGCCACCAUCGUCCAGAUCACCAACAGACAACAAGACGACGCCGCGGUCGCUAGGAAGGCCUUCAAUGAUGGUUCUGAAGCCAAGAAAUCCAUGGAUUUUGGUCACAUCGAAGUGGACCGCCUCGAGAAGGACAUUCCCCGCAUCAAAGACCUCGCUGCCGAGCUGACUGAGACGAGCGCUACAGUGCGGCAGCGAUCGCUUGACCUCAGCGACAGACUGGCGCGCCUCAGGACCAACAUCGAGAAGACGCGCGAACUGACCAACAAAGUCCGCGUGGGAGUCGAUUUCCAGGACGACACGACCGUUGAAGUUUUCCCGCCUGGAGACCCAAGCGAAUCUUCAACUUCCACAAAGUUUUCUUUGUACACGCGGACGGAGCAGCCUACAGGGCUUUUGCUCUUCAUGGGCACUCCUGUGGGAGGCCACAAGCUCAUGCGUCGCACCAAGACCGACGACUUCAUGGCACUUGAGGUGGUGAACGGCUUCGCCAGACUCACGAUGGACCUUGGUUCUGGCGCCGAGUCCAUCGAAAACAGCGAGGUCUACAUCGCAGACGGCGUCUGGAGGAAAAUUUCCGUGGAGAGGACGGGGAUGGUGGUGAGCCUGAACGUGCACUACGAAGACAACGCCGGCGACGAGAGGGUCGCGACCGUCACGCGCGUCAUGCCCGGCAGGUCCUCAGUCCUCAACCUCAGCCCUAAGGUUUCACGGGUGUUUGUCGGCGGCAUACCAGAAGGUAUUGAGGUGGCCAAUUCGAUCAGAUCCACGUCGUACCGCGGACAGGUCGAGGAGCUCAAGAUCAACGACCACACCAUCGGCCUCUGGAACUUCAGAAACAACGGCACCAACAACGUUCACGGUCACGGCGCCCCUGAGAGGAAUCGUCUGGUUGACCUGGUGCCGCCGACGGGCUUACGCUUCAGCGGCUCAGGCUACGCCGCCAUUCACACAAGGGAUGAGAACGCCUUCCACUUCGCCGACAAGUUCGACAUCAGCCUCAAGUUCAAGAGCUUCUCCGACGACGGCUUGCUCUUCGUGUUACGCGAGAGUCCGUCUGAGUUCCUGGCGGUGUCGCUGGUGAAGGGCUACGUGCGCUUGCAGCUGAACCUGGGCACGGGGAUGGCGCAGCUCAACUCGCGCGUGCGCUACAACGACGGCGUCUGGCACAGGGUCGAGGCCGCGCGGCAAGGCAGACAGGCCGUGCUAAAGGUUGACGGACAAGUGAGUCAAGGCACGACGCCCGGCACCGCAGAGUUCCUGCGCAGUAUCCCCGACACGAUGUACUUCGGAGGGUAUCCUGCGGAGCACGACCUGCGCUUUGUCACCAACACCGACUUCACGGGCUGCAUUGACGAGAUCGUCAUGUCGCAGCUGCAGUUCGAUCUCUCCAAGAGCAAGGAGACGGCCGACACUCUGCCUGGGUGUCCAAAUAAGGUCGCCAGUCUGGUAUCGUUCGAGAAGAGCAAGCCUGGCUACGUGCGCCUUGGCAGUUCAGAAAAUGUUGGAGUCAAACUUGUCAUGAAGUUCCGGUCCGGCGAGCGGGACGGUACGCUCUUCUACACCUCCAGCAAGGAUCACUCCACGUACCUAAUGCUCUCGCUCAAGCAGGGCGCUCUGCUCUUCGAGUCCCGGCCUGGCGGACAGAUACAUACCGGAGCCUUCAAUCAAUACAAUGACAGCGAGUGGCACGUGGUGAUUGCCGCGCGUGAAGUCAACGAACUCCGUCUCGACAUCGACGACUACGACGCAUAUGAACUCGGAGUUGCUGGUCAGCAAGUUCGUUUCGACGGUUCCGUAUAUUUCGGCGGCGUGCCCUCCAGCAUCGCACCGCCUAACGCCAAGAGCUUCAGUGGCUGCAUCGCUGACGCCACCGUCAACGGCCAAGUCAUGGACUUCUCCAGCACCGACGACCGCCACAACUCGCUUCUCCAGGCCUGUGAUCUGCAUGACCAUCUCGAGUCCGUCUUCACUUUCAGCCCCGAUGAAAGUCAAGAGGUGACAACACCUCCCGAAGUAUACUCGGAGCGUCCGAGGUACGACCCGGACCGCGGUCAGGUAACGCCUAGGGUGCCCGACCAGCGGCCCGGUCGCGGCAAGGCGACGCCAAAACAACCCCAGCAGCGGCCCGAAAUUGAUGAUGAAGAUAAUGAAGACCUGGAUGAGUAUAAUUAUGAAGACCGACCACCGUAUCGUGGACCGAUUGAUAGCCAGUGUCGGCUGCCUGUCGAGCCACACCACCCCGACCGUCCGCUGGAGAGCUACUCCAUGGAGGAUGGCGCCCGCUUUGGCAGCAAGAGAGACUCGCGGAUCGAAUACUUAAGUCUUCCUUAUGCGAUCAGAGGAAACUUCAAGUUCUCAUUUGACUUCAAAACGUUUGAUGGCAACGGCAUGAUCCUGUACACGUCCACCAUCUCGCACACGGAUUUCUUCGCCAUAUACAUGAAGGGCGGCAAGAUUCAAUUUGGCUAUAACGUCGGCCGAAGCAAGAAAAUGUUGAGCAGCAACUCGAUGUUCGUGGACAACGAGUGGCACUCUGCCGUCAUCGAGAGGGAGGGAACUCGCACGAGAAUUUUAGUUGACGGCGCUCAAGAGGCUUCUCAAGUCGACGCAAAUUCUGUAUCAGAAAGAUUCGUUGAGUUUACAGCCCCGUACUAUUUUGGUGGCGUUGAUCCAAGCAUCUGGGAGCUGGUGCGCAGCAAUACAGAAGGCAUAGAGCUUUCCUUCACCGGCUGCCUCAAAUCCUUCCGCAUGAACAACCAGCGCGUCGAUGACAUUGACACCAUGAACAGCGUCAGCAGAUGCAGCGAUGAAGUGGAGCCUGGAGUCUUCUUCGGUGUGGGCAAGAGGUCCCACAUUAUUCUACGUUCUCGUUACACGGUGGGACAUCAAUUCCAACUGUCCAUGGACAUCAAGCCUCGAGUCAACAGCGCCGUGCUCAUGUCCAUCCACGGCCGCCGAGAUUUCAUCCUCCUGCAGCUCCAUAACGGCUCCCUGGAGUUCAGCGUCGACAACGGUGCAGGCAUCAUCAAGGCCGCCAUUGCUCCGGUCGACCCGUACUCUUUCUGUGACGGCAACUGGCACAAAGUAGGAGUUGUGAAGCUGAAGAACUUGGUGGUGCUCACCGUGGACGGUAUCUCGGCUACCAACACCGGCCAUAUCGGGUCCACUUCGACGGACACUCGCCAUCCGCUGUUCCUGGGGUCACAGCCCAGGCUGGGGCAGCGACGCGGUCAACCUGUAGCCGACAUGUACGUGGGCUGCAUCAAGAACGUGGUGCUGAGGGAGGAGCCCAUCAACCUCGCCUACAGCACCUUCGUCGGGAACGUCAAUGCUGGGUCCUGUCCCACAGACUGAACUCGUAACUGAACAUGCAAAACCUUACAUUUGACAUCGACACUACAGGUUGAUCUUACGAACACGGGCUAUUGGAAAUUGAUAUAGCCGUCUAGGAUACAUUUAUGGUACAAAAAGAGAGGAUGUCUUGACAAGAAACUACUUUUCUUGAUUUUCAAUCAGACGACCAUGCGGUAUGAAAUUUGGAACAUUUGUUUGCAAAUGAAAUCGUGAAGCUAAAACAAAUAUUUUUCGUGUAGAAUGAAAAAGAUUACUUCUUAACCGUCCCGGAUUACAUAAGUAGCUGUACCUAAACUCGACACGAUUAUAACGCAGCAAAAUGAUGCAUAAGGGUUGAGAACAUUUAUGACACUCGGUUUAAUGAAUGUUGUGGUGAGAAUAACCAACAUCAAAUCUGCUAUGUAACUUAGAUUUCAUGGGAGAAAUUUUACGAUAAACAACUUUGACAUUC